CCUGCAAUUAUGCAUCGUGUGUGUAUAGCGGUCUUACGAUUCUAGGAAACCGGCAAGCAUUCGACGAAAUCAGAGUGUGAAGAAGAGCGAACAAGAAUCGUUCUGUUGUGCGAUUUGGUGAACAGCUUCUGUGUGUGUGUGCGUGCGAGCGUGUGAGGGAUAGGUAAUACAUUCUAUGCACCGUGAGAACAGGAUAGCGCGAGUGCGACAGAAAGACCGGUUGCGUUGGUAGUGGUGUGAUCGUAGCAUGCUACGAAAAAGUCCGUUUGUCGCUGGAUGAUCGUAGGACUUGGGCAGUAAGUUCAUUUUCAGUUCAGCGGUUGCCGGAGUCGGAUGGUGUUCUUGUAGGUGGUCCUGCCUGACUGAAGAGUUGAGAUUUUGCUGUGGAGCCCUAAGUGUGUGGUGUUGUGGAAGUGUUGUGACACGGAGUGAGGUGAUCGAAUUUAAAACGGUUCUAAAAGUGAACACAUUUCAUAAGACAGAUGAUCGAAACGAACCAUCACCACGCGCUAAUGGGAAGGGAAGAUUGUUGAUUGCUCGAUUUGGUGAAGAAUAAACGUAGUGCGAAUAUUCAACCUCUCUCCCCGUGGUGUGCCACAAGUGGGCAUUGUGGAAGUCUGGUUCUGACAUUGUUGCGUGCCAAUGUUUGAUGAAGAUCAUGUUGUACAUCAUCGUGUUUGAACAGCUCUGUGAGUCAUAUUUCUUCUUCUCGGUGAAGACUAAUUAACAGCCGGCAUUGCGGUAUUGUUUGGUUGGUGCGUGUAGUGUGAUAAAACCGCACGAAUUAAGCCCCGAAGUUUUGUUUUGUAUGUUUUGUGACAUUUUAAGAUCGAAAUCCAAGCAGGUCGAAUUGAAAUGUGCUUAGCGCUAGAUACAGUGGUUUAGUAGUCAGUUUAGUUAACGGAUACUCUCGUCAAGCUUGCAACUAUUCUUGAGUUCUGAGCUGAGUGUUUUCGAUAAGUGUCACGAUUCCAUGUGAUUUUUAAGACUGGGUGUUACAACGCAUAGUAAACUGAAGUGUGUUCAAUGCUGUAAGAGUGAGCUGCCGUAAAUUUCAAGUUGUCACAAACUUGAGAAAUUCAACCAACUGUUGCGUACGAAUGCUGUAUUCAUCUCUCCAUUCCGACUGAAUCAACGCAAUCAUUUGUCUAAGAAACAUAGUGAUAAGCCCCUUGAAUCGAACGAUACUCCUUCAGUAAGCAAUAUUUCGAAACACAAACAGAGCAGAUAGGUUAAAGUUUAAUUUGUCGAUGUUAAGGUAUAUUUAUGUGUAUUUAAAUCAGACUAAAACCAUUUUUGUUGUACAAUUCAAUUGAUGCCUGCAAAGUUUCUCAACAUUAGUAUAUCAUCAGGUAGAUAUUUAUACAGUAACGUAUUGUAAUAAUUGAAAACUUUCAUUUAUCAUACGUCCUGCCCGGUCGUUGGUUGAUUGUCACUUUUCUUGAUUUCCAAACCAAAAAUAUUAACCAUCCGUCUUUAGUUUAGGGGAGAAUAGGUUCAAUUGCUUUAAAAGGUGACCAACCGUGACAGAGAAAAGAACGAGUGCAGCUUACAAAUAGAUACAUCCAUUUGAUAUUCAUCUCAUACAACCAAAUAUUAGAAUAAAAUCUUGAAAGAUUAUCAACAGCAAUAAAGGAUAAGAACGAAGUAGGUAGCAUAGAAGAAGAGUACUCAUUUGAAACGUAAUACACUAAUAAUACGAGCAGAAAAAUCCCCAAGACAUUAGUGGAAAGCCUGAAAUAACUGCGAAAAGCUCAUUGGCAAAGUUGUGAAAGAUUCUCGUUGCACGCAAUUCGAUCGACACUCCCAAAAUGCUUCCAACAAGCCAACAUCAGCAGCAACAGUCGCACCAGUCCUCGGAUGUGGUCACUCAACAGCAACUGCAACAGGACGCACAAACGCAACACCUUCUAAAUGUGGCCGCAUCGUCGUACAGCACUGCCGUUUCUUCGAGCGGUGGUUACACCAUGAGCUAUCCGGUCGUAACCGGCCAUCAUCUUACCGAGAAUAACAACCUGAUCAUGCAUCCAUCCUACGGCAAACCGGCGGCACAUGUUGCACAUCAGCUGCCGCCAGCUUCACUCAUCACGCUCCAGCCGGUACCACUCGAGGCACACCAUCAUUCGGCGCUGCACCAUGUGUCCAAUUUGGGACCACCGCCACCAGGAACACCCGGUUCCUUGCAGCAGCAGCAGCAGCAACAGCAAGGACCACCACCACCUUCUCAACAAUCGACCGUCGUAACGUCAUUGGCUCCUCCACCCGGAUCGGGGUCGCUCGGUGGUUUGAUAAUUGGCGGAGGGCAACAUUUGCAUCACGCAUCAUCAUUACAGCAACACCAACAGCAGCAGCAACAGCAGCAACAACAACAGGCCCACCAACAGCAACAGCAGCAACAAAUGGAACAGCAGAUGGGAGUUGCAUCCUCGAGUGCGGGAUCUCAAAUUCAACAAGCACCGUCUUCCAUGUCGCACGCAUCGUCCAUGAACGAUCCCAACGGAAACGGUAUGUGUGUGGUAUUGGUAGAGUGUUUCGGUUGACGAAUGCCACGGGAUAGGAGUAGUAUUUAUAUCGGAUUUCGGUUGAGAUGCGGCUUAUGUUCAUAAUUCUCCCAGCACAUCAAGAACAGAGCACUCUCCAGCUCUACAACAUUUCACUUGCACAGACGAGUUGGAUAUAUGUUGGUAAGAGAAAACUUGUCUAGUGUGCUCCGUUUAGUGUUGUGCAGAGAUAUUUAGUACCAGUCUCACCGAAUAAAAUCGCAAGCGAACGCGUUUGAUGUCCUCCUCGCUAAUAUCUGUUACCACUUGACAUCGAAACUCUUCCGAUCGAGGCAGACAAGUUGGAUGUCAAUGCUUGGUUGAUAGUAGAGAAGGACAAUUAUUUAGCUUUUUUAGUUUGUUUGGUGGUGGUAUAUAAUCCUGGGAGCACAAGAAAUUUUCCAGAGUGUGUGGCGUGUUAGCUAUCAGGAUUGGACUCGCACUAUCAUCAACAACUGGAGGAAGGCAGGAAGGAAGGAUGAGACUUUUGAUUGCCGCUGUAGUUGUGCAGAGAGGACUGAUUUCCAUCCAGGAGAAGGAGUUGUUAAUAUACGUUGGAGGAACAUAUCAUGUGCGGCAGAUCAAGGGAAAAAAACCUUUUUGAUCUACGGUAAGGAUAACUAUUCUACUUAUUUUCUUCCAGCAUGUCAAAUGUUUUUUGACAAAGUUCAUAACAAUUAACAAUUUGCUCAUCUGCUAAAUAAUCCGCAUCAACGAAUAGAACUAAUUGCGUAACUAUUUUUGUCUAACACUUAAAAAAGAACCAAAGCUGCUAGAGGACUUAAAGAACGAUUGCAAUAUUUGAUUGAUCAACUUUCACCUCCUCGAAAAGUCUUGUUUAGAGAGUGCAUACGUACUCUAUCGAAAAUAUUAGUUUCUUCAGCAUCAUAAAAAGUGCCUUGUUCAGGUUAACGAAUGCUUAAGGGGAAUUCUUGUCCAUUAUUGCAAGUACUCUUUGUAAGGAAGCGAAGGUUUCCCUUCUAACGGAAUAUCAUUUCCUCCUCCUCCUGUUGAGAUGCUCUCCAUCAUCAGUGGACAACAUAAUGUGAGUGUUCCUUUUUUGCCGACCACCUAACGUUCUUUUACUGCUCAAGGGCUUUGGAUGACUUUCCUGUCGUUCGCGCAACUUCUUCAGAUACAGGCAGACACUCACACAGAAAGAGUAUAAGUUCUUGAGGUCCACAAAACCGCAAGUCGUAUGGGUGGUACGCGUAUGGAUCUUGUGGAAGAGAAUAAGCUUAUUUUGCAAAACCUAAUUCCGAUGACUCUGGCUCUUGAUGCCAAUACACGAUGUGUUCUGUUUGGAUUUUUCAAUAGCGUUCGAGAUUGUCGGUCCUCUCUCUCGUGGGUCUGGUGGAGAUCAAAUAGUUUGGUUAGGGGAUAUCUACAAAAUAUAUUUUGAUAAUUGUAACAUUUUUGUAAAGAAUUUCCUUCGCGAUUAACUACAGUAACUACUGGUAAGAAGCACACCUUUCUUUUUCUUUUAGAAGUUCAUUUGUGGACAAGCGAGGAUAUCUUGAAACUGUGCGUGAUUGGGAAAUCAAACGCCUCUAGACAUGGACUUUUUUUUAUCUUUUCCCGUUCUUCAUCUGGAGCGCGAUCGAAGACGGAGAACUCCAAUUGCAUCAUUACCUCUAUUGAACCCUUCGCCGAUCCGUCGUGGGGCCAAUCCGCACUAACGAACCCGAUUCUCCCGGCGAUAGCCAACAGUUUCCUUUUCUCACCACAACCGUAGAGUUGUGUGUGCGAGAGACCACUGAAUAGCGGGAUAUGGGGGGAAAUGAAUGUAAAAGGGCACCGUGGAUUGACCCGAAACCGCGCAAACCAACUACCACCAUCAUCAUCUCAUCUUCCGUGUUAAGCCAUGGCAUCGUAGUUUCCGACUCCUAGCUCAAACACACGCACGCGCGCACACACUCAGCGAAAUCGUGCAGUGAGAAAGCACCGUUAAUGAAAUAAAAGGAAAUAUCUCUCCACUGAUGCAACAGCGCACGCCGGCCAGCCUCGACAUCCAUUUAACCCCCGUAGGCUUAGACCAAGCCUUUUUCAGCAAGAGUGGGUAUUAUGUCCCUCCCAUGCUGCAGCCCCUUUCUAUCCACUUGGCGUUCCUGUAAAAGUUUAAAGAGAUUUCUAAGAAUUUUGCAUUUUAUAUGCUGCUUCUCUAUUAUCGCAUGGGCCAGAGCUCUAGAAUUUGUUUUAGCAUGCGUUUUUAUUGUAACAGGAGAUAUGGGUUAUUGUUGGUGCUGUUGCGCGCUAUUUUUUAAACAUUAUUUUCUGCUUCCGUUAUCCAGUUCUGCCGAACAGACGGAAAACAGUGUAAUAGCGGAAUAUAUUUUAAAUAUUGAUAAUAGUGCAAUGAGAUGAUAUGUUUAUAAUCUCUAGGAAAAAUUCCAUUUUUCCUACCAUUACAAGGAUACAUUUAUAUUAGGAUUCUCUAAAGUAUAGUUCAAAAAUAGCGAUGAUACCAGAUGGAGUAUAGGGGAAUCUGUUAUUUUAUUCCAAUUGUGAUUUGUUGCAGAGAAAAUUAGAUGUUUCCAAGCUCAAAUUGAUUUUCAUAAACAAGCUCAGCAGAUGAUUUUUUAAGUAGGCGAAUGUAAAGAUAUUAAUUGAAGGCUUGUUAUCUUAUGGGAAUACGGAUAUAAAGUGUAGGAAAGGAGUAUGGAGAGGGAGUGGCAGGUAGACGACAUUCGGAGCCCAAUGAUAAAAUGAUUUUUUUUAAUUAUUUAAAUUGGAUGUACGAGAAUUUAAUUACAAAUAACAAUCUUCAACCAUAAUAUUUUUGUUAUGUGUAUAAAAACUAAAGUAAGUUAGUAUUAUUGUACAAAAAUGAUUACUAAAUGCGUAAAUUGCAUGAGCUAGUGCGACAGGAUUUUUGUUUUAAUAUAUUUAAUUUAAAAUUGCAUGUAUGUUGACAUAUUCUAUUAAAAUUUAUUGGCCUUCUCCCUUUUCCUUCCCGAAACGAGACGAAACCAUACGAGAAGAAAAAGAAAGAAAAUGAAGAGUAAAUAGCACAGACAAAGCAACGCCACCGUCAUUCGUAUCGUCGAUCGCGAAGAAAAACAGAUCGAUGAAGAUCGAACCGGAUGAAACCAUUAACGUAACUGUUUCUUUCGCCUAUUGGCAGUUUUUGGACUGUGAGUGGCGGUCCCCUAUUGUGUUAAGUGUGAUGGCAAAAUGAGAAACGAUCGUUCCUCUAUUAUAACAUGGUGGAUCGCGGGUUUCUUCCCAACUUCAGAUGGGUAGACGGAAGAGGGAGGAAGAAUCCGUCACUCCGAUUAUAAAACUUUUUUUUUGCUCAAAAUUUACUCUGGAAAAAAAAUCAUGCUGUGAAAACAUUUUAUUGAUAGCCGUAAGAUCUCAUUCCAUCUGUCCGAUUUUCCAUACGUGUUUUCCGUCCGCUUAGCUCUAUUUAAUUACUCAGCUUAAUUUCAUAACAUGUAUGUGUGUGCCAAAUAUGUGACCAAAUGUUUUUGUUUCUAUUUCGAAUUAGUCGAGACUAUUGGGACGUUUUAUGGUCGAUGGAAUUUACAUUUUCUUUUCGUUUCGUUUCGUGAAGGGUAAAAAAGAAAAGAGCAAAGGUUAAUUAAAUGAAAAGAAUUAAUGUAACACGCAUGUAUGAUGUACCAAAUAUGCAUGAAAAAAUUGCUUUUUAUUAAUAGUAUUUGUUCCAUAUAACAAGGUUUAACAAGAUUACUGAAAUUAAUGCUUAGCCAAUAAUAAAGCGACAAAUGAAUAAAAAUUGAUUUUUAGGAAGCAGAAAUAAAAGAAGAAAGACCUUAGGGCUCCGGAUGUAGGUCGUGACCGGUGCAUUAUUUGCUGUUUU